AUGAGUGAAACAGCACUUCUUUCGGCAGAAACCAGCACUGACAUACAGCUAGAAGGUGCGAAUGGUAGAGAACUAAACGAAGAGGGUUGGGAUGAUGAAGGAGGUAGGGAUUUCAACAAGGUUCCAUUCUAUGUAUAUGUCCUACUACAUCCUGUUCUAGCACCUCUCUUUCCAGAAAUUGACGUUAUUCAUAUGGACGAUGAUACAGAUAAGCUUGCUAUAAAUGCAGAAGCCAUUGGAAAUGGAGAAUACGUAGUUGUGGAAGAGGAAAUGGUAAUUUUCUAG